AUGUGUGUGUCCCGCGGCCAACCUCGGCAUGACGAGCUCACUCCAACGGUGGCAGGGAGCAUGCGCCGCGCCCGUCAUCGGAUUCAGUUGCAAACCCGCACACACUCCCACACCGUGCCAGCCGUGACCACCGUCCCUCUUGUGGACGGCGCAUCCCCCCGCGAGUCCACCUUUACUCUCUCCUCCAUCCCAUCCUCAUCCCCCCCAUCCUCAUCACCACCAUCGCAGGCACAACACCAGCAACCGCUGUGCAGCGAACCCACCAUCUCUCACCCACCACCCCCUCCAGCCCCCGUCUCGCGCGCCGUCCCCAUUCUUGCAACAAGAGCCCCGACCUGCCCCUCCCCCGGAUCCCCAUCGUCCAGCGUAUCGUCGUCACACAGGUCACCCCCAACGUCCAACAACAACCUCUCCUUCACCUCGUCGGCGUCGAGCACUAGCGCAGUCGGAUCCCUUCGCUCCGUCUCAUCCAUCGUCCCGCUCAGCACCGAUCCGUCUGCUUACCCAUCCAACCCGCUCUCCCCACUCGGGUCUCACAGUCGCAGCGCAGGCCAAACGCGCGACUUGACCAACGCGGCCACCCGCAGCACCACCCGCCACCACUCCCACAGCACCAUCGGUGUGACCCCAGCCUCCAUCUCAGCUUGGCCCCAGGCAUCCAGGCUUUCUCCCAACCACCUCCACCCGCAGGACCAGCAGCCUCGCGGAUCAUCGCCCCAGUCACAGGAAGCACGCCGCGCAGUCGCCGCUUCCCCUUCCACCCAGUCUGCCGUCCAGCAAAACUACAUCGUCGCACUUGAUAGACUCCAGAACGCGAGCCUGGAGCCCGACAUGCUCUCGAGCUUCAAACAGAUCCUCCGUCAUGGCAAGCAUGCCGCUGGCGCCGACAACCACCAGCAUGCAAGCCCAGUCCAGGCCUCGGCCCCCUUGGAGCCCGUAAAGGCGACUGCUCCUGUCUCAGCCGCUGACGGCAUCGCCAACAAUGGCCAUGGCCCUGAAGUGUCUCGUGACGUGAAGUCUCAGACUGCCACUGUCGAAAAGACGACGACUGCCCAGCGCGAGGUCAAGACACACGACUACCGUCAAGAGGCAGAGAAGAUUGUGGCAGAAGAAAAGCUGCAAGGCGAGCGCAUGCCUAGUUAUGAGGGCCUCGAGGGUUACCAGCUCGUCGAGAAGAUGGGCGAUGGCGCGUUCUCCAACGUGUACAAGGCUGUCGACAAGUUGACCGGCAAAAAGGUCGCCGUCAAGGUCGUGCGCAAAUAUGAGCUCAACUCUUCUCAAAACGGCAACCGCCACCUCAACCCCAACUUCAAGAAGCGCCCCCGAGUGACCGAGCGCGCAAACAUUCUCAAGGAGGUGCAGAUCAUGCGUGGCAUUGACCACCCAAGUAUCGUCAAGCUCCUCGGGUUCACCGAGAGCGACGAACACUAUUUCCUAAUCCUGGAACUCAUGGAAGGUGGCGAGCUGUUCCAUCAGAUCGUAAAGUUCACCUACUUUAGCGAGGCUCUGUCCCGCCACGUCAUCAUCCAGGUGGCGGAGGGCAUCAGGCAUCUGCACGAGGAGCGCGGCGUGGUGCAUCGUGACAUCAAGCCCGAAAACCUCCUGUUUGAGCGCAUCCCCAUUGUCCCCUCAGACAACCCGAUUCACCGGCCCUAUGACGAGGACAAACAGGACGAGGGCGAGUUCAAGCCCGGAAUCGGCGGUGGCGGCAUUGGCCGAGUCAAGAUUGCAGACUUUGGCCUGUCCAAGAUUGUCUGGGACGAGCAGACCAUGACGCCUUGCGGUACCGUCGGGUACACUGCGCCUGAGAUUGUCAAGGACGAGCGGUAUAGCAAGUCUGUGGACAUGUGGGCUCUGGGCUGUGUGCUCUACACGUUGCUGUGUGGCUUCCCUCCCUUCUACGACGAAAGCAUCAACGUCCUCACAGAGAAGGUGGCCCGCGGCUACUACACGUUCCUCAGCCCAUGGUGGGAUGACAUUUCCGCUUCGGCCAAGGACCUCAUCACCCACCUCCUCUGCGUCGACCCUGCGCAACGGUACACCAUUGACGAGUUCCUCGAGCACCCAUGGAUCAAGAACACGCCGGCGCCUGCUUCGCCAGAGCUCACCAUCCCCAAGGUCAAGGCGGGCAAUGCUCCCAUGGACUCGCCCCUCCUUUCGUCCAUCCGCGCAGGCAACCGCGAGGGCCGCUCCCCCGGUGUUGGCGUGCUCAAGGAGGCCUUUGACAUCACCUAUGCUGUGCACCGCAUGGAGGAGGAGGGCGCACGUCGUCGCGCGUACAACGGUCCCGGCGGCGCCGGCGUUCGCGGCUUCCUCCACGGUCUCAACGAGGAGGACGAGGCCGCGGACGAGGACGCCCAGGUCGAAGAAGCACGGCGCAAGCACGGCGAGGCGGUUGCACGACAGAUUGACGAGCACCGCGCGCGUGCAGCCGCAAAUAAGGCGGCGGGUAUUAAGCAGCCCGUCGUCACACACUAUGUCGGGCGUGGAGGCGCCAACCGCCGCGAGGCCGAGGCGGCGCUCUACGACGGCCGUGCAGGACAGCGCGACCGCGCUCGCGGAGGCAGCAAGGCGCCGACAUUCGAGCUCAACAUGGGCAACGCGACCCUCCUCGGACGCCGAGGCAAGGCCCAGGCGACAUCGGCGCUCUCGACCGUCGCCGCCAACGCGCCCAUACCCCAGACCGCUGUCGUGGGGCAGUAG